AUGGGAAAACCUCUUUUAUAUGCUGUGAUUUUACUAUGGAUGAUGCCUGAUUUAUCAUUAGGAAUAACACAUAAAAAUAAAGGAGCUUCCCGGGCAAUGUUAUCCUGUUCUUCCUCUGAACAAAUGGAGCAUACUGAUCUAAUCAAGCUAUAUCUUUCCUCAGAAAACUUGGUUGUACAGUGUUUUUUCUUAUCUGGAAUUAAAAUUAAUGAAAACACAGAACACACCUUAAGUCUGCUCACAUCAAGAGGAAUCACUCCCAGUAUAACAAUUAAAAACAGCACUUACGCUGGUGUCUUUCACUUUAAUUUGUCACAGGAAAAAGAUGAGCCUACUUGGUCAAUUGAAAUUCCCAGAAAGUCAAUUACAAUUAAUGAAGAUAUUAAUCCAGUAGAAGAGUGGUUCAUAACUAUUACACUUCAAGAGGGAUUAGAAACUUACGUGACUGAAGGAACACUACUGGACCUUUACCGAGAACCUAUUCUUCAGUGGCAAAUUGGGUUAAAUGUGAACCCUUCUAUCAUACGAAAAAUACUUAAGCAUGUGUUAGGUCUCAAGAUUGCAAGAGAUCCAUGUGCUAAUGAUGUAGCAAUAGUUGGUAUCAUAAUCGAUGAAACGGUUUCUGGAUAUUUCUUUGGUGUGACUUUUUCUGGAUUUUGGGAGAAUAAGGAAACUUUUUGGUAUGAUGUCACAAGUAGUAUCUGCGUUGUCCAGAAUGAUGACGAGUGCCAGAAAUCUAUGCUUGUGGACAUUGUCUUAACAAAUUAUCAUUUAGUGGUCCUUUCAACAAUGGGCCUUUUUAUAAGUUCAGAUAUUCGUUACCCAAAUGAUACUUUAAAGUUUGAAAGAAUGGAGUUUUGUGGUUAUAAUACGGGCGAUUAUUAUAAAGCAAAACUAUGGUACAAUGAAAUAUGUUUAGCUAACCAAGAAGAUUUUGAAGAUGAUUACAUUGCUAUCACCUUUGAAAAAAGUAGGAGCAUGAGUCAGGUAAACUAUUGCCUUAAAAGAAGCCGACUACUUGUUUCUAUAGCUCUCCUCCAUUUUCUAAGUGGGAAAGUUGCGUCCCCCAAUAAUUCUUUUGUUGCUGUGAGGAGAUUCAAAAACAAGAGUCCGAUGACUGCUCUGAGAUUUCCAACUUUUUUUUUCCCUAGUGAGUUUCAUACUAUUAUUGGAAUGGCUUUCCAUCCUAGGACUCAUUUUUUGUAUGUUUUUGGAAAUCAGAUCUGGAUUUCAUAUGAUGGAGCUAACAGUUUUGAGAUAGUGGGAAAUUUUUUUGAUGAUGUCAUAAUUUCAAGCUACCAUAGUUUCCAUUCUAAAGAGAUUAUCUUUGUUUCUCAGGCUUCAAAUUUAUAUUUUUCUAAGGCAGGACUAAAAUUUUAUUCCAAAAUGGGUAAAAGCAAACUACCCAUUUUUGAGUUAUACUAUGACCAUGUGGGCACUGAAGCUUUAGUUUCUAUGAGCGAGAUGACUCAGGAUUGUAUAGACUUGUAUUCUAUAUUUGAUAAUGAAACAGUUUUACAGAGUAAUGAAGAUAUGGACUUUAAAACUGUAUUAGCUCCGCAGUACCUCACAACAUCUCAAAUGAUCUUUUUUGCAUAUGUUCCCCAGAAUGCUUCUAUGGAAACUAGAAAGAAUCAAAUAUUUUAUCCCCAUCACGAGAAAAAAGACAACUUUGUGGGCUUGCUAAAAGAGCUGAAACUGCUAUUUGACAUUUGCUUGCUCUUUACACUGUCCAAGCAACUCCUGAGAGCUAGACCCCCCGGACGGUAUUCUUCUCAAUUUAAAAAUUCUGACACUCACAAGACUGUGGUGAUUCCUGGUUACAGCAGCUUCCUAAUUCUUGAGAUUUUGAAUAACACAAGUGUUUUAGCUCUUGCUACCAUGCCUGUUAAAGUAUAUACAGGUAUGACGUUUCCAAGUAAAUCUUGGUUCCUGUAUCACUUUGGGACUACGAAUGAUUCCUCUACGUGGUCCAUUACUACAUCCUCCUGUAAACAUGUGAUCGUACAUGAUGAUGUCAACACAUCAACCAACAUAGUGAAAUAUCUUGAUCUGGGGUCUGCCUUUAAGUUUAAAAUUAAGGUUCUCUCAGACAUGCCAUACAAGAUUCGGGUACGAACAACACCAUUCCUAAAAAUACUCAUUGGACACGUGUUCUUGAUGGACGUGACAACGUAUGCCUAUUGGGAUGAAACUGACAGUUAUGUAGUUGAAAUGGAAAUUGUAAAUAGAUAUCUCAGUAAAGGUAUCACUACAAUUUCAUUCAUAAUCUGGCAAGCAACAGCUGAUUGCCUUACAUCAGCAAUUAUCAUGACACUGAAGAGCAGCUGUAGUUAUACUAAAUAUAUGAGUAUUUUACCCAAAUACAAACUAUCCUUGGAAGAUUGGGAAAGUGGACAAUAUAGGGAUGAACAUGGUUUCAACAUAAUCAAAACCUUGCCGAACAACUACAGGCCUCCAUCAGAACUAGGAAAAGAUAUCCCAACCACUAAUAACUUUUAUAAUGCAGAUCCUAGCAGACCCAAGCUAAGAAAUUACCACCCCCAAUCAAAAAAAACAGGGAUAUAUAAGCAGUGUUUAAACAAGACCUCUAGAGAAGACUGUAAUUGUACUACUGAACAGAAGAUGUCUCAAAAUGUAGCUUUCUCAGACUGCACAGAAAAGGUUGUUCGUUUUAUGUAUCCAGUUAUCCAGUAUCCUCUCUUUCUGAAAAUCAAAUCUGAAGAUAGCUUGAUCCCAAUGGAAGCUCCAUAUCUUGUUACCAUAUCUGAAGUGAAUGAGAGGAAAAACUGGAAACUCAAUCAAAAAAUGACAGCUGAAACUGCAAAAAUGAGAGAGUACUUAGAAAAAUCCAUUUCUGAUACUGUGUAUAAUCCAAAGGAUCUCAACCUGAGCAUAACUGGUUCUGAGUUAUACCACUUCAGAGUGAAAGUUAUUCCUGGAGUCACCUUUUGUAAAUUAGUUACUGAGUUUCAGAUUUAUGUUGAUAAUGCACCACUUCCAUUUCCAGGAAGACUGCUUAUUGCUUCUAUAGCAGCUGUAAUUUUAGGAGGAAUAAUUCUUGCAGUGUUUAUGGUGGAAUUAUUUGAUAUCCAUAUAUGGUUGCUGCUUAAAAAUCUGGUAGUAAGAAAGAACAAAGUGGCUUCAUCAAGAUCCUCUUUUGAUGUAGAAGAUUAA